CAGUUUCCCUUCUGUUUUAGGUGACUCUGACACCUGGUUACCAUGAAGUCCUGAAGGAGAUAGAGGGACAGUAGUGGGAAUUUCUUCUUACUCCUCCAAAAAUAUCCAACAUUUGCCUAAUGGGAUUAACUCUUAUGCUGACGUCAUGGGGAGCUGCUGCAGUUGUCUGUGCAGAGACAGCAUCCCAGACAACCAUCCCACCAAAUUUAAGGUAACAAACGUGGACGAUGAAGGUAACGAGCUGGGAUCUGGGAUUAUGGAGCUGACACAGACGGAGCUCAUCUUGCACACUCACAAGCGAGAUGCUGUCAGGUGGCCCUACCUCUGCUUGCGCCGCUAUGGCUAUGACUCCAACCUCUUCUCUUUUGAGAGCGGUCGUCGCUGCCAGACGGGGCAGGGGAUUUUUGCCUUCAAGUGUUCCAGAGCAGAGGAAAUCUUUAAUCUGCUUCAGGACCUGAUGCAGUGUAACAGUAUCAACGUAGUGGAAGAGCCUGUUGUCAUCACCAGGAACAGUCACCCCACGGAGCGGGAGCUCUCCCGGACCCCCCAGGCACCCAACAGUUUGGGGUACACCGUCCCAGGAUUUCCCAAUGGAUUUCACAGCUUCCCUGGAGAAACCCUAUCAUACUCCACAGCCCGCCACCCCUCAGUGAGCAGCCUGAGGCAUUCCUCUGUGGGUGAAGACUCUACUCAUGCCCUUAUUGGGCCUGAUGAGCAGUCCCACACCUACGUCAACACGGCCAAUGGUGAUCAGGAGCUGAGGGGCCGACAUUGUAUGCACUCCUUGCCUGAAGUCCACCCUCCUUUCCCCCAUAGGAACCACAGCUGCUCCCUCGAAGAUCGCAAUCCCCAGGUCUUUCUGCAGCCAGGGGAGGUUAAGUUCGUGUUAGGUCCCACAUCCAACUACAGACGCGUCUGUCGGCACCACCGGGAGUGCAGGACACACUUCUGCCCCCCCAACAACAACAACAACGAGUGCGAGGAGGAGUGCCCUUCGCCCCAGUGCGUCUACGAGAACGUCAACGGCUUGCUGCCCCCCAGCACCUCCUCUCUCUGCCGAGGCGGGCGCUUGAAGCUCACCCGGGAGGACACGGGCUUACCCGGCUGCUCCCAUCGCAGAAUGGCGUUGCUGCACUAUGAGAAUUUGCCAUCACUGCCUCCGGUGUGGGAGUGCCAGCCGCUCCGGCGGGGCGAGGAGGACGCGGGUGCCGGGGAUGUGCUGACGCCUUCCCCCAGUGGCUACUCCGAGGCUGGUGAAGAAGAUCCCCUGCAGAACUACAUGAACUCGGACAACACCGCGCUGCACGGGGGCAGCGGCCAGCGGCGCAGCGGCUUCCUGCCAAAGCCUCGUCGCGGCUGCGUGCCCAGCGUCUUCAGCUUUGACUUCCCCCGGCCCUGUCCAGAGCAGCCGCGACAGCUCAACUACAUCCAGGUGGAGCUGGAGGCUGAGCCGCACAAGGGACAUCAGAACCCACCGGUCUCCCGUGUCCCACCUCCUGCCACCCACGAAGCCCGCCGGACGGACUCCUACGCGGUCAUUGACCUAAAAAAGACAGCGGCCAUGUCCAGUUUGCAAAGGGCCCUGCCGAGAGAUGAUGGGACUUCGCGGAAAACUCGACAUAACAGCACUGACCUGCCUCUGUAAGGGGAAACGCCAAGUGCAAGCACUGUGUCGUGGCUUCGGUACCUGCCCUUCAGUGUAUUGCCCGGUGUGACUUCCAUUCGCCAUUGCCUUCUGCUUCCCUGUUUACGCCAUUACCUGGUGUUAUGGGAUGGCUCCUACAGCUGAUGUUAAGGCUAGUCUGUCUGUCCGUCUUCCUCUCUCUCUCUCUCCCAUGUAGUUCAUUUUUAAAGCCUUGUGGGAUAUUUGAAGACGCUGUGUGAAGGUUAAAUUUCUGGCGAGAGGGGCAGAAGGUGCCAGCAAUAAUACUGGCAUGGUGUGGCUACGGCCUCGAAUUGGGUUAGCUCUCCUAAAUUGCCUGGCAGCUCCGUGAGCAGUGCCAACAGCCUGGCUGCAGAGGCAGGGCAGUAGCAUGGUGGAGGUGUGUUCCCAAAAGCGAGUUGAUUUAGGAGCUCCACUGCAAAUCAAGCCUGUUUCCCAUGGAUUUCAUGCCUUGCAACUGCAGGCGAGCUCUGCAGCCGGGCCACUCCAAAGUCGGGUUUUGCCUUGGGGUUUCGCUGAUCACUGAUGACUUGGGAACUCAUGCCGUGGUCUUUUCCCCCUCAACUUGCUCCUUUCUCCUAGUUUCUUGGAGCUCGUAGAAGCUUUUUAUACUUCUGUCCCUUUCUCAGAUUCAAUUUAAAUUGGGCAACUCUAGAAAUCAAUAGAGGAGGACAGACAGCCAUGGGUACAGACACUGUGAUCACAUAAACCUGAUUUCCUGAAGAGAUCCUGCUUUAAAAGAGGAGGGGAAGACCACAACUGUGAGAGAGAUUUGAGGUUUGGUAUAGAAAACUUCAAUUGUACCAUACCCUGUUUUGAUUUUUAAGGGUUCUUUUUGGUGGCUGUUCAGAAGUGUUGAUUUAUUUAUUUGUUUACUUACUUAUUUAUUAAAUGUUCUUUCGCAUCCCAGUGGUAAUUGCCAAAACCGGUGCCAAUAUGAAACAUGUACUUGCUGUGGCUCACUCCUGUCUGGGGGACAGAUCUCGGAAGAGGUUGGUGGCUUUGCUGAGCUGUGGUUGGGGAAAAGAGCAGCUGUCAAUCAAAGAUUUUUUUUUCAACUGGGACUGACUGUCACAGGGUGGGUGGGAAAUGGUAAAGGAGACGUGGGAGUGCGAGCAGAGCUGCCAGGCAGCCAAGCUUGGAGUUGUAUCAAAGUUGUUGCCUACACCCACGUGCCUGGCUGGGUCGAUGAGAAAUAUUUGAUUAGUGUUUUGAGUGAAUGUGCAGUUUGUUUCCUACAGCUACAGACUUGGAAGGGCUAAAUUUCAGCUCUCGGGUAAAUUUGUGGCCUUUGAUGUGGAUUUUUCUCUUGACACCAGGGCUGAGCCUAAGCUGAGCUGUCAGGCCUCUGUGUGAGGUCCUGUGUAGGGUCUCUGCUCCUCUCCCGUUGCAGGAUGUUCCUCCACCCUUCUCCACAUGGUGACACGUUUCGGCUUAAUCCCUCCCUGGAUUACUCUUUGCCAUUAUAAGCUGUUUCAGUGAGACAGAAGUGCUCUGGGUUACUCUGGAGUCCCACCUUUCUGCUGUCUGUAUUAUUCAUCUUCCUCCCUGGGAUAGGAGUUGAGCGAUCCAGCACUCUGCAAGGUGUCCCACUGCCUGCAGAAAUGUUGCCAAACCUUGCUGUGUUCUCCUUGUCCCUAAUGUUUUCCCAAUGUCGAAGUCGGCGAGCCUCCGGUGUGAAAGAGGAGAGAACCUGAUCGUCCAGCUGCAACCUGCUUCUGAGGUCCAGAAACUUGAUUUCCAGAUUUUUGAAGUUCAGCCUUUUUGGUUUUGGUGCUGUAAUGUCAUGUUGAAAUGUGACUCUUUUGGGAGCAAAGGCAUGUGCCAUGCAGUUCAGAAAAAGUGAUAAAAGCGUGAGUAAUGCCAUGCUUGUGUCAGCAGAACAUGGAUUUCUUGGCUUGCUGUUGCACUUUGAAUUUAAAAUGCAGCAUAUGCUUAAAAUCACUGUUUUUUCCUUUUUUUUGGAAGUCCUUGUGCCUGUCUUCCAUUCUUUUCUCCACCCUAACCUUUGUGUGAUCUAUAACUGAAAGGAAACCCAAGUAAUAUAUUUUUAUAUGUAUACCAAAUGACUUUAUUUGAAGGGAAAAAAAGACAAGUAAUGUAUCCCCCUAAAUCUAGCUUUCAUUUAGGGAAGUGAGAGAAGAAAUUGUUU